AUGGUCUGCCCUAAGGGAGAGCCACCUGUAGAGGAAGUAAAGCAGGAUAAGGGAGGCAAAAGUGAAGAGAAAAAAGCUCCAGCUGCCUGGAUUGUGAAGCACCAUGUUUGUAAUGGUGACUCUAAAAUGCCCAAGGCAGCUUCAAGAGACAUCACUGGUGAGCACUCUGGAUGUACCUCCCAAAUAGCAGCAGCAGCUGAAAAAGAAGUUAUCAAGGAUGCCAUUGAAAACUCUGUGGUGCAGCUGCAGGAGUUGGAAGAACAUCUUCAGCAUGAACAUUCAAUUUGUGACUUGAAGAGUGCUCUGGAGAAUAAGGAAAGAGAAAAAAGAGAUUGUUUCCAGAGACUGGAGGACCUCCUGUUGGCAUCUUCUGGGAGUACUAUUGCAAUGCAACCCCUGGAGAAAGGGAUGCAGUGCCUUGAAGCUAAAAAUGUCAGACUGCCAGCCACAGUUGUGCAGCAAAACAGUAGAACUGAAACCCUUCUGCAAGGCUCACCCCUGGAGCAGGCAGCUUCCCAGGACAGAGUGGAAGAAAUCAGAGCCCACGACCACGAAGCAGAGAGAAAGCUGCUGCUCAGCAGAAUGGGAGACCUGAAACAGGAAUUGGAGAGUGAGAAAUACACCCUGAGAGAGAGCAUUGUCCUAAAGGAAAAAUAGGAAAAGCUGUAUCUGGAGGAAGUGAAAAAGAGAAGAUGGUUACAAAAUGAACU